GCAUGGCGCAAGAUUGGAUUGGGAUGUUUUUGGCUCUUUGUGUUUGCUGGGCUUUCAUUGCCAGCACUGGUUCGAUGCUCUUUCCCAUCGUCACACAGACGGAAAUAUAUGGCAAUGAAGCGUACUUAAAUGCUUCCAUCGAGGAAAUCGGUGAUGAUGAUUUCAACAAGACGUUUUUGAUACAGUUUCAAGCUCUGCGUGAAAUAAGAGAAAUGAAGCAAUUGUUUACCUACUCGAUACGUGCGCUCGACGGUGCGAUCGAGAAUGCGCUGCUCAGCCGAUGGAUCGACGCGUGCGAGUUUCUGCGGCGGCCCAACAGCAAUCGGUUGCUGAAAAUAUUUUACGACGCGGUGAAAAACCACAGCAGAAUACCGUGCUGCCCGUAUGCGAAGGGCGCUACGCUGAUGCUGAACAUUACGCCGUCCAGCUUUAAAGUUCCCGGGUUCGUGCCGGAAACCGACUUUCUGAUCGAAGUUAAGGGCUACAUAAGGGCACGCAAAGUUUUAAUCUUCGCCACGCGGUGGUUCGGUAGCUUGACGAGUCUUGAACCUAUCGAUGCAUCGUACAAAGGGUAGGUUUAGGAUCGGUCGAUUAAACACUGCCCUGAACGGCAGUCCUGCAACCUGUCGCCACGCAGCGUAAAUACCUGCCAACUUAAAUGUUCUCUUGAUAUUUAUUUACUCUUAACGUAAGCACGCAAAGUAAACCACCGAGAUGCACCAGAACCAGAGUGUAAGCCUUUUCU